CAUUUACAGAAUCCCAAAACUACAAUUUCAGAGACAUUAAUAAUUAGUCUGCGACCUUCGACAUCAAAGAUUACUGCUUUGUGAAUUGUUGAUUUGCAGAGAAAAUAAAAGAAGAAGACUUGAUUUCGUUUGGCUUUUUAACUCGAAAGGUCGCAUAUACUUAUGAGAAUGGGCAAGAGAGGGAAGAACCAGACAAGAGGGGAUAAAAACCCUAAGAGGAAGCUCCGAGGCAAAGGCGACGUCGUCGAAGAAGUUAUGGACGACGAAAUUGAUGCCUUUCACAAGCAGAGGGAUUUGGUCCCGCUGGAUGUGAAUGGAGGCACCGACGAGUCGGAUGAAGAUGACGAAGUACCAGUCUUUGAUUUUGAGGAUGGUGAUGACGGCGAGGGCGAAAGCGACGAAGAUGAAGAUGACAUCCCUGAUACUGGUGACGCUAAGAAAAUUGUUAGGCAGAUCAAAUACAUGAGGGAAAAGUUUGGUGGUGUUGAGGAUGCAACGGUUGAUGACGAUGAAGAGGAGGAAGAAGAACAUAGGACUGUCUGGGGCGGAAGAAAGGACCUGUAUUAUCGUGCUGAUAAUAUUGAUAUCGAGCAACAAUCAAGCGAUGAUGUCUCCCCAGCAGAAGAGGAGGAGGAGGCGAUAAAUUUGCAGAGGGAAAAAGCAAAAUCUAUGUCUACAAAAGACUUUGGCCUGGAAGAUACUAGUGAGGAAGAGAGUGACAGGGAAUUAACUCUAGAGGAGAUGUCGGUGAAAGGAAAAAGCACCAGAAAAUCUAGCUUUGGAAAGGAAGUGGCGGAUGACAAGGGUACAGCUUAUGAAGAGGUCAAGAAAGACUUGAAUGCUCUAUCGAGGGAGGAGCUGAUGGAUGUUUUAUAUAGUUCUGCUCCGGAGUUAGUUGGUUUGCUGUCAGAGCUGAAUGAUGCUAUUGAACAGCUUGAAAGCAAAGUUGAUCCACUUUUAAAUAAGGUUAAGAAUGGGGAGAUCAUCUUGGAAGGAGGAAUUCGCUAUUUGGAGUUAAAGAAACUACUUCUGUUGUCGUAUUGUCAAUCUAUAGCUUUCUAUCUUCUUCUCAAAUCUGAAGGGCAGCCUGUCCGUGAUCAUCCUGUACUUGCUCAUCUUGUAGAGAUCAAGAGCUUAUUGGAUAAGACAAAAGAACUUGAUGGAAAUCUUCCUGCAGAACUUGGGGAGAUUCUUAAGAAGAGUAAUUUGGUCAAAGCAGUGGUUAAGUUGGGCAAAGAGAAUGCGACAUCAGCACCUGACUCUUUUAUGAAAGAUCAGGAGCCCUCUCAUGUCUCCACUGAAAUCCAAGCAGCAGCUGAGAACAAUGGUGAUUUGGUGAAGGUGGAGUUGUUGAAGGAAAAUGAGAAAAGGACAGAGAAACGUAAGCGUCAGGAUGAUCAAGUUGCUGUGGAAAGCAUGAAAAUGUUUAAGGUAAGAGCUGCCCUCGAGGAAAAAUUGAAGCAAAAGGGUGUCUUUAGUUCUAUCGCACCGAAGGUUGACAAGGACCAGAAACUUCGGAAACCCUUGAACCGGCAGCUUGAAACAUAUGAUGAUUUUGAUGAUGAUACUGCAAAUGUUGAAGCUCCUAGUCGUGGAUUGAUAAAUGGUAAUGCUAGUUCUAGAAGCUCAAGAAAACUUUCCCAACUUGUGGCUGCUAAUCCAAACAAGCCAAAGGUUGUUUCUGGAGAUGAUGACAUACCAAAGAGGGACAAUGUUGGAGAAAGACGGAGGAAACAUGAGCUCCAAGUGUUGGCACGAGCUGGAAUUAUUCCCGAGGAUGAUGCUGGAGAUGAAGUUGACCGUGAUGUUGACUCUGACGAGGAUGUUGAGAUGGAUGAGGAUAGUGGAUCAGAAGGCUCAGAAGAUGAAUUUUACAGACAAGUAAAACAACAAAGAGCAGAAAAACUCGCUGCCAAAGCUGAGAUUUAUUCAAGAAACUCAGCAGCCGUUGCUGCUUUGCCUGAAACCGCGAAUGGGAAACGCCAGAUUACUUAUCAGAUGGUGAAGAACAGAGGACUUACACGCCAACGCAAGAAGCUCACAAAGAAUCCAAGAAAGAAAUACAAGUUGAAGCACCAGAAGUCGUUGGUGCGUCGGAAAGGGCAAGUACGGGAAAUCAAGAAGCCGAUGGUUCCCUAUGGUGGGGAGACCUCCGGUAUCAAUGCAGGAAUCAGCCGGAGUAUCAGAUUUCGGAGCUGAGAAAAGCGGUUCUAUGCUAUAUUUUCUGCUUGCAGUUGGCAUUUUGAGUAGGCUGAUCUGCAUUGCAAUUGGUGUUUAUUUAGUACUAGUUUCUGUAAUUUUUGCCUGCAAAAGGGUAAAAGUUAUUUAUGUCUCUCUGCUGAAUAGCAUUGAUGUUUGGAAUUUUUUUCCCGAAAUUAAUUGAUUGAUAUAUGAAGGUCGGUUUUCAAGACCGUCCCUGGUUCUCUUCCGACCAAUCAAAUAAUUGCUUUAUAUCAAUUGAGGAAAAAAAAAAAAAAGGAAAAGCCAGGAAGUUAUUUAUCUCAUGUUUCAUAAGCUUUUUGGGUCUGAAGAGUGAAGGUCAUACCAACUCUUGGACGUGGAUAGAAAAGAAAAACUUUUUAUUUUCCAUGUUUAUUUACGAAAUUGUAAACUUGUAAUGGUAUUUUUG